AGACAACUUUAAGCCGAGAUACGCAAUGGAUCUUACCAUUGAUGAUGUUUUUGUCAAGAUUGGUGCAUUUCGUCAGUAUCAAUGGUACCUAUUGACCAUUGUGGGCUAUGCAGUAUUAUCACUUUCUUCCUUUCCUGUCAUGAUAGUGACGUUUAUUACAGCAGAACCAAAGUGGAAAUGUGUGGAUGGAUAUAUGAAUAAUACCGUAUGUAGAUUUAACAAAUCAAUAACGUUAAUCAGUGAUGAUUACAAAGCGAGAUGUAAAAUGCCGAGAGAAGCUUGGACGUUUGUAGAUGACUUUACAUCAAUUGUUACCGAGGUAAGUAAUGUGUAAUUCCGUAGUAGUGUAUACGUCUAGAGUACCACAUACUCAGACGUAUACAGGUUGUGCAAAAAACAAAGUUCUCGAUUCACGUAAACUGCAAAAUGAAUUUUACAGCAAACAUUUAUGCUUGGAUUCAUUUUAUUCAGCUUUUCGAUUGCUGAAGGUUGAAAAUUGCUUUAGCUUUAAAAUAAAUUCCUGUGAAUUGCGUUUUCGCAAUUAUCUUAGCAUAAAGAGAGAGAGAAUCUUAAGGGCUGUUCAUAUGGGCCAGACCGAAAUCUUUUUCGUGACCAUAAAAAUUGUUUGAAUGAACUUUAUUCUGUUACUGGUGUUGUGUUUAUAUUAUAACCUCGAAUCAAACACACGCACGCACUUAAUAUGUGCUAUAAUAAUGUAAUGUGAUAUUAAGAAAUAACUAUUAUAUACAAGCAUAAGGUAAUUAGUUUGAGAUGCAAUACGAUACUGUAUCUAAGGACACUACAUCCCUCCCCUUCUCUAUAAAAUGUUUUUUUCUUUUAAAUCUAAAAUAUUAGUUAACGAUUAUCAGUUCGUAGUUGUCAAUAAACCAAAAUGGUGCCACGUUUCAAAAUGUAUAUAUUGUUGCUUUCGCAUAACCAUAGCGUUCCGGCUGUCUUGGUUGUCGAGAGGAUCUCCUCAGUGGUGGCGAAGGCGGUUGUGAAGGUUGGGUGGUUGUUUUAGGUGGGUUGUCUUCGUCGUCGGAGGUUUCGAGAUGAACAGGGCGAUUGGGUAUUUUCUUAAAGAAGGAGGAAUUGCGCGUUACUGUUCUGAGCUUGUUUCUUGCGAUGACCAUCGAGUUCUUAACUGCUACAACGCGGAAGGGCUCAGGGUCAAAUGGUGUGGACAAUUUAUUCAAUUUCGGUUGUCGUAGGAGGACAGUGUCACCGAGGGUGAUGUUGUUUGGCUUGGCACGAUUUCGUUUGUCGCUGUAUAGUUUCAUGGUUGAUUUGUUCUUUUCGUCUCGACUACGUAUCUCCUCAUCUUUCUUGGAGUUGCUUGGUGUUGAUGGGGAAUCUGGAAGGUGAGAUUUUAGCUUUCGUUUAUUUAGUGCUUCGCUAGUGGAUACGGAGAUGGUGCUAUGUGGUGUGGCACGAUACUGGCGAAGGAAGGUAUACUUGGCUUGUUUCCAGUUCCGACCUUCAACUGUGGCAGCUCGAAUUGCUUUCUCAAUAGUUUUCAUGACGCGUUCAGCUUCGCCGUUGGCUCUUGGCCUGUAUGGGGUUAUCUUACGGUGCUUAAAACCGAGGUGGUUGACAAAGUUCUCAAACUCUUCACCAUUAAAUGGAGGGCCAUUAUCUGACUUGAGAAUCUCAGGAAUGCCUUGUAUGGAGAAUAUGGCAUUAAGCUUCGGAAUUGCGGCUUUCGCGGAUGUUGUGGUGAGAAUUUCAACUUCCGGGUAUCGACUGUAUUCAUCAAUCACGACUAUCAGGUAUUCGCCUGUGGGAAAUGGUCCAACGAAAUCAACUGCUACAUUGGUCCAAGCUUUCUCUGGGAGCGGGAGGGUUUCAGUGGUUCUGGAGGUGAAGACGUUCCUUGGAUAGAGGCUUGACAGGGCAAACACAUCUUGACGUUGGUUUCAACCAUUCAGGCGUUCCGUCUGCGAGUAACGACUUUCGACGUCAGAUAAAGCGGGACUGGUGUAACUGAUGACUUUUCCAGCUUGAACGAGAAGGGCAGUGAGACCAACAGGGCUGUCAUCAACGAUGAUUUCGGUUGGCUUGUUUUGAUCAAAGUAGGACAUUACGUUCUGUUCCGUUAGCGCUGCUUUCAGGUUGUUUAGGGACGUUUGUUCUUCGGUCGUCCAUUUCCACUCGGCGUCAGUUCGAGUGAGAGCACGUAGUGGAGCAGUGAUGGUAGAGUAGUUGGGGGUGAAUCUAGAUACUUAUUGGGACAAACCAAGCAGGGACUUAACUUCGCUGACGUUUUGAGGAGCGCGGGCUUGUUGGAUGGAGUCGAUUUUCGCAGGAUCGGCUUGGACUCCUUUGGCGCUGAAGAUAUGACCAUAGAAACACACUUGGGACUGACUUGUCCUUGUUUAAGUGCACGUUGUAAUCUGACAGGCGUUGAAGGAUAGCUUGGAGGUUAAGAUCAUGUUCGAGUUGGUCUUUUCCGUACACAAUAAUAUCAGCAGAGAUAUUCUUGCAUCCAGGUAGUCCAGCAAGCAGUUCAGCGAUGGCGUUCUGGAAUAUCUCGGAUGCAGCGUUGAUACCAAACAUCAGGCGCUUGUAUCGACGUGUAGCCCAACGUGGGUGCUAAAGGUGGUGAUGUGACGACUUUUUCGGGCUAGGGUUAGCUGGUGGUAAUCGGAAGCAAGAUCAAGGGUGCUAAAAACGGCCGCUCCGUUCAAGUCAGCGAUGAGGUCAUCUAAGGUUGGCAUGAGGUGCUUUUCUCUUCCGAUUGCCUUGUUGGCUUCACGCAUGUCGACACAUAUACGUAUUUCACCUGAUUUCUUGGGUACCACCACAAUGGGACUUACCCAUUGCGGUGGCCCGUCAACGGCUUCAAUGAUGUCGAGCUGUUCGAGGCGUUUCAGUUUUUUCUCAACGUCUUUGCGUACGUGGAAAGGAAUGCGGCGUUGUGGCUGUUGCUUUGGGGUUACAGUGUUUGAGAUAUGGAGCUUGAUUUCUUUUCCUUUAACCUGACCAAUGCCGUCAAACAGACGAGGGACGGCAUGGAGGAUGGUUUGACCAGACAUGGUGGAAUUAACGUUAAGGGUUAAUAGGUUGAGUUGUUGGGCGGUAGUGCAACUGAGAAGAUUGCCACUGUUGCCUUUUGUGACGUGGAACGUAGCAUUAACGGUUGUGAACUUAUAACGAACAGAGGUGGAAAAACUUCCGAGUAGAGGUAAAGGAGUGGUGGAGCAAUAGGAGUAUAUUUUGGUGGUGGGACGGUUUAACAUGGCAGAGAGUCGCGUGUUAUGGGUGAUGGAAUUGUAGGUCGCUUCAUCAAGCAGGUUUGCAGAAGCACCAGAAUCGACAAGUACAAAGAUGGACUGGCCACCAAUGUUAACGAUGCAAGAUGGAGAGGGGCGGAGGGGCGCACUGGAUGGGGAGGAGUGGAUAACAAAAGUAUAGGCAGGGUCUUGCUCAGGAUCAUCCGAUAUUUGUUGGACAACACGAGGGCGCUGCUGGGGUAUGGAGCGGCAAACUUUGGCAAAAGGUCCAUUUUUGCCACAAGAACGACACGUUUUCCCGUUGGCAGGGCAGGAAAUAGCAUGAGAAAACGGUUCGCCGCAAUUUCGACAGAGGGAACGAGUGUGUGUUCGUUGAUUGUUGGGAGUGUUGGGCGGAGCAUGCUCAUCCGGGUGGACAGGAUAUGGUUCGCUACGUGAGGGAAGGGCAUUGACGCUUUGGUCGGUACUGGUAGGUUGAAUGUCUCUGGCUUGUCGAUCAGUAAUCUCAGCUACACGACCGGCUUCGAGAAGGGCUGUAAGACUGAGGUCCUCGCGAAGGGCACGUAGUCUAAGCUUGUGAGAGGUACAGCUGAAGACAAUUUGUGUGCGAAUUUCUUUGUCAACGUCAGCAAAACCGCAGUGUUUGGCAAGCUGUCUAAGCCGGGUAUGAUACGAAGCUAGGUUUUCAUUCGUGCGCUGUUUCGCCUGACGAAAUUGAUAUUCCUCGUAGACCAUGUUGAGUUUCGGAACGAAAUAUGUGUUUAAACAUUCUACGGCUUUUUUAUACUCUUUGUCUUCACCCGUGUCGGGUAGUGUUUCAAAAAAUAUCGUCAACAUCUGGGCCAGCGUAGUGUAAUAACAACGCUCGUUUCUGGGUAGCGUCGGUUAUAUUCAUGCCAACAAUUAAGCGUUCAAAGCGAGUAAGCCAUUUGGUCCAACGUGGACCAGCAUUCAGGGACGUAGCGAAGAUGUGCUAGUUGGGGGGGGGGGUGCAAUGCAGUAAUUUACCUGAUUUUACACUAUUGUAAAAAUUUACCUGAAAGAUAAACCCCCUAUCUUUGUGCACUGUAAUGUUGUGGUACAUUUCUCCCUAACCUGAAGUUCAGGCCCUAAUCACAGAAUAGGGCCUGACACAAAACCUAUCUAAAGUGUGGGAUUCCCGUCCACCUGGUGGACGGGAAAUCUGAUUGGUUGAUCAGCAUCAUGAAGGAUUUUGAUUGGUUGCAAGUUUACAUAAACAACAGUUUUAAAAAUAGCUCGGUCAAGGCGACAAUUAAUAUAAAGAUCAAACGCACGUACAAAUUCUAUUAUCGAUUUCUUCGAAUUUCUUUUUCUUUUAUGAUUUAUGGAAGAAAAUAAAUCAAACAAACAGUAUUUUGAAAGGGCUUUAUCAAAAUCUUGGACGGAUUUUGGACACACGACGCCGAAAGAACAGCCAAACUAAGUCAUGUAUUCGAAAGCUUGUUGUUGACAGCCAAGAUGUUCUGCCAACUGGCUUCGCCGGCAAAAGUCUUAUUUUUAAUAUCAGGUCCUACCGGCGUUGUUUUCUGAGCUAAAUCGCCUUCUUCGUGGUACGAUUGAGAAUUUCAUUGUUGCUGUUGUUAGCCCGUUUUAAUAAAGUAUAUCCCUAAUAUCCGCGUCCAGCAAGUUGAGACCUUGAGAAAGCUUGGCAGUCAAGCUGUGCACAGAACUGACUAAUUAAAUCUUUGUCUGAACUUAUUUAUAUAAAAGUACCUUGAAUUUUUAAGUUCAAUUAAAAAGCAAAAUGCACAACACUUGUCAAUCAUAUUGCAUGUUGUGUCUAAAAAUAACAUGUGGGCGUCCCACGGUCUAGACAGCUUUUGUGUCAGGCCCUAUUUCAAAAUAGGGCCUGAACUUCAGGUUAAUUUCUCCCCUGCACAGUUAUCACCUAGAUAUUUAACCCACAUCUAUUUUUACAACAUUUUUUUCUUGCUUUUUCAAUCUACUUUUUCUCAUUAGAAUAUGUUUUGGUUAUUUUUGUUCUUCUAAAUUAAAGAGUAUAAGCCACACGAGAAGAACACGAGCAUAUACAAACCGAGUACUCCGAACUCCGAAUAGAACUCUCCACUCAUUUUAUCAAUUAGGUAGUUAAAUCUAAAAUACCAUGAGAUCACAUUGAUUAGUUACCUCUCGGCCUUCCAAUAACUACAGUCAAUUUUAACAAGUUUUUGUCGAAGCAGUCCAUCCGCCUUUUUUAUGUAGGGAAAAGGUGUAAAUUGAUAUUGUUUAUAUAAUAAAGAUAAUUUUUAGCUGAACUAGAACUGCUUUUCCCUAUACAAUGAACAAUAAUGUUACAUAGUAGUUAUUUGUUAACUAAUGUUUUUAACCUGCAAUAGUAAGUUAUUGUUUUCAAGCAAUCGCCAAUCGGCGGUUUUUCAAGAUUGACCAUUUUUUCGUGACUCGCAUUAACAUCAAAGACAUCAGUGAUAUUCUUUUCAGCGGCAAGGAUCAUGCAAUCAUUCAAACGUUUUCCAGAUAUUUAAUUGCGUGAAUAACUUUUUACAAUCUUCAGUAAACUGAAUGAUCUCUCAUUUUUCACAACGGCAGGGGCGGCUGUCAGAAAUAGUUUAUAAAGCUCUGAAGCCAACUUGAAAAGACCAUGCCCCUUGGCCACCCUAAGAGCAAUGUCCGCUGCGAUCGUACCUGACAUGGGUUUUGCCUCAAGACCUUGUGGCCGGCUGACGUUCUUCUUCCAUUCGUCUGUGUUCCUUCAGCGCAUAUUUAAAGAAAACGGACAAUUCGCUGUGUAAUGCUGGGCUUUGUUCCUGGUGUUUCUGGAUGCAAUACCUUUAGGAACGGAUUAAAAGUGUUCUUAAGACCAAUUUGUUUCUGCAUUAAUCCUCGUUUUUGUUUGCCCAAAAAUUACAAAAAGUCACAUGUGUAAUAAAAAAUGCAUAAAGAUGUGCAAUAAAUAAUGUGUAAUAAAUAAUGCAUAAAGACUACACACGUAUAAUAUAGAGAACAGUAAUGCUAAAACAAUGCCCUCGUAACGGCUCAUUCAACCUAAACUAUUCAACAAUGUUACAAAUCUACGAACAAUUCUUUAGUAGUUAAAUAUUAGACGAAUAUUGCGUAUAUAUCGCCAUAUCGGCCAUUUGUGUAGAAUUAUUAACGAACUACUACUAUAUAAGUAAAAAUAUGACAAAGUACACGGCACACAAUACACAUCACAUAUGUGCAUCACACAUACACAGACGUUCAAAAUUUACAUCUGGAUAUCAUAUCCCUGUUGCUGUAUUAAUCUAUAAGCAAGCAAAUAAUUCUAUGUAUUUCAAAUACACUGUAUUAUUAUCAAAAAGUAGAUGAAAUUAAUAUAAUUUCUUGCACGUACCUUGACCUUGUGUAAAGAACCAAAACCGGAAGCGCAUGUUACUUAGCGAAAAAAUUCUGGGUUUUUUGCCGAUGGAAAUAGUACAAAAUAGGCAACAUAUUCUUUUCGUAAAAUAAAGCCUGGCUACAUUGAAAAAACGGAAACCUCUGAACGUAUCAACGUAUGAAGCCAUAAUUAAAGAAUUAAAACCUCAUCUAUUUUCCGCAUUUCAAUCCUCUAUUAUUUGCCUGUUAUUGUUAUGAGUUUUCAAGAUUUUUUACCUGAUUUAUUAUAAUGCCAGUUUUUCAUGGAUUUACCUGAAAUUUUCAAAUCGUCUUAGUUGGGUCACCCCUCCCCGCUCGCUACCUCCCUGCCAGCAUUCGAGUCAAGGUGAACGUCAAACGGGUAGUGAUGUAGCCAUACGGACUGAAUAUUGUGGCGCGGCGCUGUUGAUUCGUGCUUGAUGUUGAUCGCAAUGUCUGUCGUGGGAUUUGCCGUGAUUUCCUUGCGUCGAAGGACUGUGCAUGUUCAGUAGAUAUCUGGAUUACAGAAGUGGUGUACGCAGUAAAGAAGCGAUGGAUUCGUAAACUUCGUUUUUUGUUUAAGUAUCCUCGUCCCCAGAUGUUGUGUUUAUAUUAUAACCUCGAAUCGAACACACGCACGCACUUGUGUUCUAUAAUAAUGUAAUGUGAUAUUAAGAAAUAACUAUUAUAUACAAGCAUAAGGUAAUUAGUUUGAGAUGCAAUACGAUACUGUAUCUAAGGACACUACAACUGGAAUCAAACUAAGCUGAUUACACUGACCUGAAAGGUCAAGUGUCUUAAAUCCCUAGUUUUCUGUUUUCUGUUUUUUUCGUCGUCGAGAAAUCGAGUUUGCGUUCGCGCAUCGCAGGCUCAGGGUGCAACGAUUAAUCCAAAAUGCCAUCGAUUCUUUGACUCCACGAUUCAUAUAUAAUAGUAAGAAGCUGGUAUUUAUGUACGUAAUAGUCGGCUCAUGUCAUGCUUGCGGUGCAUUUUUCGUUUAUUAGCCCAUAUAUAGACCUAUAUGGACUUAUACGCACGUGCACAAUUCCGAACUCCAAUGGUGACAUAUUCAGUCCAGUUUCAAAAUGGCGCCUUUUGGCUGAGCGAUCAGAAAAUAUUUCACACAGUUUCGUUGAAUUUUCAAAGAGUUGUGCCGGUUUCCUAUGGAUUUUACGUUGUGUCGCACUCUGAACUUUCUUGCGUGUUGAACUAAUAUGUUUUUCUUCGUGUAACGACUCGAAAACCCAAAGUUUGGACCCAGCGAAUUUUACAAAGGACAAGUUAAAGUUAAGUUUGACUUUUUAACUAAUAAACAACCGUCUAUAAAUAUACGUUGUAGAGUCAUAAGCAUCCGUGGUGUAGUUGUGUUAAUUUUUUGUCGCACUCUGGACUUUCUGCAUGUUGAAUUAAUGUUUUUAUUUUUGUAUUAUACGAUUCUAAAAUUUGGCUUUGAAAAUUUGGCCGAUCCGGCGGAUUUAUGCAAUCAAUAUGUUGUAUUAAACGACUCGAAAACCCCAAAAUUUGGACCCGACGCGAAUUUGUACAAUAUAGUGGAAUAUAAGCAAGUACAAGGUAAAGAUUCUACAGUUUAUUUUGAUUUAUUGUAUGGUACUCAUUUGUCUAAUACAAUAACAUUUAGUUCACAAGGUUUGACCAUAUUAAAAUACAUGUAUUGAAAUUCGCGCAAUAGCUACUAGAAUUCGCGCAAGUAAAGAUAAAGCGAGCGUUCAAAAUACCAAAAAGAACUAAGGCAUUUAUUGUAUGGUUCUCAUUUGCCUAAUAGAAUAACAUUUAGUUCACAAUAUAAUAUAAACACAAUAUAAACAAUGAAAAGUUAAAGGUUUGACAGGUUUCACAACACAACGUCGACAAUAUACCUUAAUACAUGUAUUAAAAUUCGCGCAGUAGCUACUAGUUGGCGCGCCAAACGCUUUGUGGUAGCUAUACUAAAGAUAAAGCGUGCCUUCAAAAUACCUACAAGAACUAAGACAUUUAUUGUAUGGUUCUCAUUUGCCUAAUACAAUAACAUUUAGCUCGACGCGAAUUUUAACUAUAGUAUCAUAUUUCAUAAUAUAAUGAACAAUGUAAACUAGCCAAUUCUUUCACCUACAAAAUGUCGACAAUAUACCUUAAUACAUGUAUUAAAAUUCGCGCAGUAGCUACUAGAGUUCGAGCAAGUAGUGAAGAUAAAGCUUGCAUUCAAAAUACCGAGACAUUUAUUGCAUGGUUCUCAUUUGCCUAAUACAAUAACAUUUACUUCACAAUAUAAUAUAAUAUAAACAAGGAAUAGUCGUUCGAUUUGGCUAUACUGUUUGCUCGUUUUUAAUGUGUAUUGAUCAUUUCAAUAAUCGAUUUACAUAUCAGUCUGCUCGAUUCGAGUAAGGGUUGCCCGAUUUGUAUCAUUGGUGAUUUGGUGUUCGACUUAUAACUAUUGGACCUAUUGAAUUUUGACAGUAAAAACGCGCCAUAUAUAAUACAUGUACUGUAUUAAAAUUCGCGCAGUAGCUACUAGCAUUGGAGCAAGUAAAGAUAAAGCGGUGCGUUCAGUGAAAUACCAACAAGAACUAAGAUAUUUAUUGUAUGGUUCUCAUUUUCCUAAUACAAUAACAUUUAGUUCACAAUAUAAUAUAAACAAGGAAAAGUUAAAGGUUUGGCGUUUGACUACACAAUGUCGGCAUUAUACCUUAAUACAUGUAUUAAAAUUCGCGCAGUACGUAUAGUUAGUGCUACUAGCAUUCCGGCGGACCUAUUGAAUUUUGACAGCAAAAACGCGCCAUAUAAUACGUGUAUUAAUUAAAAUUCGCGCAGUAGCUACUAGAAUUGGCGCAAGUAAAGAUAAAGCGUGCGUUCAGUGAAAUACCAACAAGAACUAGAACGUUUAUUGUAUGGUUCUCAUUUUCCUAAUACAACUCGAUCAACUCAUAGCUAUUAUGUGCUCAUUUGUUAUCAUGUGCUCAUUAAUUCUUAUAUCAAUAUUGGAAUAUGAUCACGAAAUACUGCGUAGCGCAAAAUCUCCAUUCUUCAAAAACGUAUCGUUCAAGGCAACUGAAAGGCGAAGAAGACAAUGAUAUAUUGUAUCUGACUGCUUCAAUACUCAGAAAUGAUCCACGAUCAUGAUUUGAUAAAGUUCAAUAUGGUCAUGUGAUUUUCGGUGUGAACCUGAGAUACUAUCUAUAAAUAUUAUUACUAAGUAUCUGACAUUAAACUAAAUGUGAUUAAAGCACAAGAAAUGUUACCUAUGUCUCAUUUUAUAUUUUUAUUUUUUUCCUAUGAAGGUUUGUUACUUGUGCAAAAGCGCAACUUUAAUUAGGUUUCAAACAGUUUCUGCCUUCUGCUUUUUGUUGUCGAAUUAUUGAUUUUCUUUGGAUAAAUCUACCGCUGAAACUGUUCUAUACGAACUCUCUUGCUUCCCAUUCCCUUGUCUAUUACACCAUAGCCAAUCUCGUUCCCCGAGCAUGCGAUCCUCGGGAAGGAAACGAAGGUUCUGGGAUAAUCCGUUGCCGAAAGCCAGGAAUUCUGGCUAAGAUUGAACUGCACAUUCCAUAUCAACGGCCAAUCAGAUUCCUCCCUGAAACGGAUUAUCCCAGAGCCUCCGUUUCCUUCCCAACGACCGCAGGCUCAGGGAACGAGAUUGCACCAUAGCACGCAUAUCAUCAUUUUCAGGUCAGUGUGAACGCCUGAGUAGGCGUCUUGUUAACUUUGAAAUGUCAUUUUGGAAGUUUAUCAAAGCCGCGAUAAGGGCUUUAUAUAAUAUCUCGGGAACAAUAGGUUAUAUGUAUAUUAAUAUCUAUACGCAUUUGAGCCCCGCAUUCCCCUGGUAGAAUUCAGCACCCGUCCACAGGUUUUGAAGUGGAUAAUCAACUGGAUUGAUGCAUAGUCUACUAGAAAUACAUGCAUGCACCAACCGCCUCGCCUAUAUUUUCCAUACAUUUUUUCAACAUGAAGUAUUCAUAAUUACGCCAUCACUGAACGCAGCCUCGCGUUGCACGUCAUGUUAGUCAUGGCAACACGAUAAUUGUUUUUUUUUCAAUUUUUGUACAAACCUGCAAAAAAUAGAUGAAUUUUGAACACUCAUUUUUAUACAGAACUAUCAAUUUCUAAAAUAUAUAAAGUACUGUAGGUAUGUUAUUUUAGUGUCUAUUGGCUUUAUUUUGAUGUAAAAUUCAAAACGAAACUCUACGUACAGCGUUUUUAAAUGUGAAUUGAAAUUAACUACGUUUCGCCGAUAUUAAACUCUUCAACUCGAGCUUCAACUUAUUACUCGCACUUUGAAAUGAAAUAAAUUUAAUUCGUACGGGAAGCUUAUGAAAAUAAUUUGCUUUCCUUUUUAUCAUGAACUUACGGUGGCCGAUAAGGGUCAUUCACGCACAAAAAGUGAAAUCACCCCCACAAUAACACGAAACACGCCAACAAAUGCACGAUUCACACCACAAUUCCACGAUUCACACCACAAAAAACCGCAGACCGAUCACGGUCUCAAUACUGAUUAAAUUAAUUAUUUCCCGCCUUUUUACCGCGACCGCACGACGACGGCGACCGCACAAUGAAAAUGGUUUUAGUAUUAAAAUAUAUUACAAAUAUUGCUUAAUUAAAUUAAAUUAACUUGGCCAAUAAGGUUAUUGUUAUUUACAUUAAUCUUUUUUGUUGAAGUUAACAUUGUCUGUAUAAAAACAGUUUUAUAGUUGAUAUGAAGAGUUUGGAAUGUGACAGUUGUUAAACUGGGAUUAGUUCAAAAUUGAUAAUUAUUCAACAUAGUUAAGAUACUCUUUGACAUCCUGAUUAACCGGAUCAGCCACAUGCUGCCUAACAAAAGUUAAAGAAAUCCACGAGAGCUUCUCCACACUGAAUACACUGGCCGUUGUCAGCCAUGUCUACGCUUAUUUCAUACGGGAAAUACGGGAAAAGGCGGGAAAUAAUGAAUAUAAUGAAUACACGGCUAACAACGCACAGGUUUGUUACAAGUUGAUAUCGACAGGCGUGAACAAUGUUGUGCGGCCAACUAUGAACAAGUUGUCAACCAUGUUGUUACAAGUUGUUACAGUUGAACAAUGCUGCAACAACAUGUUGACAAUAAUGUUCAUAGUGGGCUGCAUAACAUUGUUCACGCCUGUCGAUAUCAACUUGCAACAAGUUGUUGAUUUUCUCAAUUUUUACGCGUGUAGGGAGACGAUGAUUAGUCAGCUGUUUCUUUGUGGCGUGAAUCGUGAAAUUGUGGCGUGAAUCGUGGAAUUGUGGUGUGUUUCGUGAUAUUGUGGGGUGAUUUCACUUUUUGGGCGUGAAUCCCCCUUAUCGACCACCGUAUGAACUUCUACAAAAUUUAAUUUAACUAAGAAACUUUCGCAUACAGUUUAUGCAUAGGAAAGACUUGAACAACAAGAACAAAAUCUAUAUUAAUACAAAGACGUCAUACAUAAACAAUUGAAACAAACUUGCGCUAUACUUUAUUACUUUAGGAUUUCUCAUAUUGCACGUCUAUGAGUCGAGCCGAGAACAACAGCCGUGUACCUCAGAGCCCGUCAAACUCUACCAUUAGGUAUCUAUCAUUCGGCAAAAGAGUAAAGAUAUAAAGAGAGUUCACUCGAUCAGUGAAAAUACAGUAUUAAGGACGUCACACGGAUUUGCGAAGCUGACGUCAUUUAUCACACCAUCAAAAGGAAAUUAAAUAUUCCAAAAAAAAUGUAAUAUGCACCAGCCAGUACCAUCGCUGCGUUUUCAGUACAAAACUAUGGGCAAAACGCAGUUCGAAAUGCAAAAGUGACAUUUUUAAGGAAAAGACGUAUUUGAUCUUCAUAUUUGGACUAAACUUUUCAACAAUAACAGUAAGUGAUCUUUUCUAUUCACAUAAGAAGUCCGGUUGAGCUUUCGAAAAACUUUAUCUGAUUUUGAAAGUUGAAGGAGCGGUCUGCCUACAGACCGAAUUAACUCAUCAAGCUGCCUCGUCCCCAGGCGCUAUAAAACGAUUUCACAUACGAGUCACUAUAUAAAAGGUUUACACGAAGUAGUGCGUCACAUUAUAGGCGCGCAAAGGGGAAUGGGAUAUGAGCGUUCUGGUUAGCGCCUGGCCGAUCUUGUAUAAUAGCUGUCGAACAUAAAACAAUCUAAAUAUAAAUGCCUUCAUGUAUAUCACCAGAAAGAAAGAAAUAAAGCUAUCCUUACCUGAAUUAUUCAAAAUAUUGUCGAUCUUUUGCACCGAUCGUGAAAAUCAAUUAAUCAAACAUACUGCAUGUAAAUAAGCUCGUAACUGAAAUCCUGAGACGAAUCUUGCGAACACAAUAAAGUUUUAUCGCUCACUUGUUUAAAAAACUUCCUGUAGCUGUAGAUUUUUAAAAUAAAUUCCUCAUUGUGAUAAGGACGCAUUCGGUCAUUUUCCCAUACCUUGUAAAGUUAUUAUAUAAACCUUGCUAUAGCCUCGUUGACCUCUUCAAGUGUUGACAUCUCGGAAUCAUUUAAUUAAAGGGUCAAAUCAAAGGUUCAAAUAUCAUUUGACUGUAAUCACAUGUUUAGUUGAACAAUUUGAAAUGUUAUUAUUUAAAAAAAAUGGCGAAAAAAGCCCCCAAACUGUCGAAAAACCACGAUUUGCAAGAAACAAUCGAAAUUUGCAAGAUGAACUGCACAAAAUCUCCCAGGCGCUAGGCGCUCCUCAAUUUUCGCUGCCUCAAGCCCAUAAACCCCUGCGCUUGUUUUUGUUGCGAUGCACUACUUCAAGUAAACUCAAAAUUUCAAAGUAAUUGUUUAACAUCCCUAUUUAUUUCAUAUAAUAUGAUCAUGAAUAACGAUCGGGCAAGCGAUUUGCGCCUGAACUAAGGACAAAGACACAUUUCUCUUAUGUUCUAAAGUCUAAACUUCGUUAGGCCUACGAAAUCACAAGAAUAAUGUAUAUUCGUUGUCUUUAAUGUAAUGGACUUUAGAUUAUUAGAUAGGUUUUUAAUUUUUAUCUGUCAACAACAGCAAGCAAGCAAACGUUGCUUUCUUGAGUGUGACCGCGACGUGCUUGGCUUGCAUUCUAGCAUGAGCUUGGUAUGUGUUCAAGCAAGCACGCUAAUCCGGUGGUAAUCUCCAAGCACAAGCGCUAGUGUGACCGCGACCUAAAUUAAAAGCGUACGCGUGACGUCACCGAGUACAUGUUAGGAGAAUUUCAAAGUUGAUCGUUUGAGUAAAAUUGUUUACUAUAUGUAAUCAGUAAUAUAUUCUACUUAUAUUAUAAAACAAAUAGAAAAACUCGCCUCGUGCGUUUAUGGUGUGAUAAUACAUUUGGGGAAUGUUGGGAGAACACUCAAGAAACGUGUACAACACUCGCUAGCGCUUACGCCUCGUGUUUUACACGCUUCCCUAGUAUUCUCCCAACAUCCCCUCCGUGCAUUAUCACACCAUAAGCGCACGCGAAUCGUUUCUAUUUCUUAAAUAAUAAAGGGGACGUCGACGUUGCAGAGACAUUAACUAGAACAAUUGUUUUUCAUUCCUAGUUGUCUCCAACUUUGAUUAAUUAACGUGACUAGAAAACCUUAGCUACCUUCAAGAAAAAUGUCUAGGCCGUCACAUUGUUUCCUACUUUACUAACAUUCGGGAAUCAUUACUAGGAAAUAAUGUUAAAACUGCUUUAAAAGUGGGCACCUCAGAGAUUAUCGCCAGUACGCAAUGAUUGCAGGUUGACAUGGUUACGAAACAAUAUGUAGUGGUUCUUCCACCUUUAGGAAACACUGCUAAGAAACAAUGGUUCCUGGUUUAUCAACUUUAGGGAAACAUGGGCAAAAAACAAUGCGGUUUCCUGUAUAGUUUAUCCAUCCUUGGAAAAUGGGUCUUCCUUCGAAACGUCAAAAUUAUCCUUUGGUAGGGAUGCAACAACCUGACUACGAAACCGUGUUUCCUGAUUUACCCACUAUAUUGCGACAUGGAUAGGAAACAAUGUUUCCAUAAUAUAUGUUUCCAUAACAAGUGUGUUCCAGUAAACUUGAGAAUAAUAAUAAUAUUUUGGUCGGACAGCGUCUCAAGUUUAACAUGUCGUUUCCUGACCGUGCAUCUUCCAUAUUUAAUGUGUUCUACCUUAUUAUAUGGGUGGUGUGAUUAUAAAAAUCAUUUUUAAAAGCCCAGAGGACAGGUAUUACUUUCCAAAAUUUAAUUUGAAGUGAUAUACUUCAUUUUUCAUUACAGUACGACCUAAUUUGUGACGACUCCAUUCUUCUAUCUAUCGCUCAAUCGUGUUUCUGGGUUGGAAUGUUAGUUUCCUUGUUGGUUGGCGGUUUUAUCUCGGAUCGUUUUGGCAGAAGAAUUGUUUGGUAUUCCGGUGGUGAUCUUGUCCUCCUUGCGACUUGGAUUAUGAUAUUUCCAAAAUCCUUCGUGGUGUUUAUUGUUUGCCGCGUUUUCAUUGGCAUCGGAACAGGUACUGCAGUAUAUAUCCACUGAUCUGUAAAUAAAACUUAAAGUGCCCCUGACACAAAAAUUUGUUUUCAGUCUAUUGAAAGUACUCAUUUAGUAUAGUGUUCUAGUGAAAGAAUUUUUCGAUUUCAUCAAAACGAAAAAUUUUUAGAGCCGUUUGAACACGCAAAAUUUGGGCUUUUGGUUGGCAGGCGUCCGUGUUCGAAGGAAACUGGAACGAGCGAUUUUUGUUACGUCACGCAAGUGAGUCGGCGUAUAUUCUAUUAUUCGACUAUACUAGCAGUAUCAACUCUCGCCGGAUAUAUUAUAGGUAGAUUUGUGAUCGAAAAAGAUAUGCCUUUUUACUGUGUUGCAGCUAAUUGUACCAAUAAAAUAAAAGAUGAAAUAAGUCGACACAAUAUUCCAUACUUCAAUGACGAACACGCGGAAGCUAAAAGACGAAGAAAAGUAUGGGUUGAUUUUGUACGCGAAAAGCGUUUGUAUGUGCCGUCAAAGACUUCGACUAUACGCUAGGAUCAUUUUAGAACAGAGGAUUACGAGAGGCAAUUUUUUCGUUGCCGGGGCUCGGCAAGCCUAACUAUCUGAAGCUAAUAAAGACUGACGAUGAUUUGCUUUGUUUUGAUGAUUCAAUUUGCAAUUGUAUUUCGGUUUUGCGGCCAGCUAAAAAUAGAAAUAUUUUGUAAUACCGAAAUAAAAGAUGCAAAUCUGAAGACACAAGCUUGAAAAUAACACUCUGAAUAGUGUUUUGGAUUCCGGUUCAAAUAAGACUAUUACGAAAAAGAUAUGUCCAAAGGGGCCGAAGUUAUGGUAGGCUAAAUGUAUGGCUACUUUACAUUGUUCGAGACUAAUUGAGUAAUAUAUGAAUUAUGACACCGCUUGACCUCUCAAAGGCGGACCAAAGGUCAUAAAUAGCUAUUUGAUUAUAAUUUGAGUAAAACUAUAUUUGACUAAAACUAUCAUUAGAAAUAAGGAGAUUUUGUUUCUCUGAAUCGAAUGGUAGUAAUUUUGUCUUCAUACCAUGCACCGAACCGGAGAUAUGAGGAAGCUUAUUAAAGAUGCGCCAAAUCUGAGACAUGGCGCGACUAAAAAACAAUCGCUAAUAUAAAUGGGAGACUAGUUUUACUUUGUUUUUCUCGUGUCCCUGACUUUGUUUACCAACAACAGUUUUUAUCCGUGAAGUGAAACUGUGAUAAUAGCGGCAGUUUUUCGUCACGUCCGCGUCGCAGAUUUGGUAAUAUUAAUGAUAACACUAGAGACCUGACGAGAUGCUACAGAUCAGCAUCUUUCAAUACAACAUAUUAACCAGGUAUAAAAUUCGCUCCGGAAUCAUCGGACUGAUUCUGUUGAUAUGAUACUUUAUAGAACUUAGAAUAUAAAAAGUUAAACAAUUCAGCGAUCAAAACCUUCGAGCUGAUUAAAACAGAUAACUUUACAGGCAUCAAGAUUCGACUCACUUGCGUGACGUCAGAAUAAAUGCUAGUGCCAGACUUCUGUCGCCGACGGCCAUUAGCCAAAAAUAUUUGGAUUCAAAUGUCUCUAAAAUUUUUUCGUUUUGAUGAAAUCGAAAAAUUCUUUCGCUAGAACACUAUACUAAAUGAGUACUUUCAAUAGACCGAAAAAAAUUUUUUGUGUCAGGGUCACUUUAACCUCUUUUACUUCCUGCACCUCUUUUAAUGAGUUGUGGACCAUUUUAUAAACACUGGCUUGAGGAAGCGAUAUUUGACGUUACCUUGGCAAACGUAGGGAGAAAGUGAGGCGUUGAUGACCAAUAGCUAUCUAGACAGUAUAAUUAUAUUCUUUUCCAUAAAAUCUUAACAAACAGGGGACGGUUGUUCAAAGCUCAGUUAGCGCUAACCCUGAGUUAAAAUUUAACUCAAUUCCGGCCACUCUGACCGACACAUAUGCCUGGAAGAUUAAUUAUUGAAGAACUCCGCGAAUAUUUGCAGUAGAAAUAUGAAAAUACCCCCAAAAAUUUCCGCUUGAAAGAUACUGUAUACUCGAACAAUGUACAAUAGCCAUAAAAUAUAAAUUAGUCAUACUCGAACAAUGAAAACUAGCCAUACCAUACGUAUAUUACAAUUAAUAUACUCGAACAAUGUAAACAAUGUAUCACUAAGCCGAAUAUAACUUCGGCCAUUUCAACGCAUCAUUUUUGUAUUAGUCUUGUUCAAAUCACAAUCCAAGACACUAUUUGGAGCGUUAUUUUCAAGCUUGUAUCUGCAGAUUUGCAUCUUUUAUUUCUGUAUUUCAAAAUAUCUAAAUUUUACGCGAGAGCUUCAACCGGAAGUACAAGGUCAAAUGUCCAAAACUAUGCGAUGUUUACAUCCUAGCACUCAGGAAACGUCGGAAAUCGAUUCUAAAGGUCAAAUUACCCGUGUAGCGUGAUUUGCACGUGUAUCGGGCAACGGGUACUUCUUAUUGGCCAAUUUUAGCGCGCGUGUGACAGGCGCGUGCGAGUAAAACCCAAUAUUUGAAAAUUCAAAAUAAAUAUUUCUACUCGCGAUCGUCGUAUUCAAACGAAACUUUCUACAUAAAGGAGUAUUUUACAGAAAUUUUUCUAGAUAUGAAAUACAGAAUGUUUGGCUUAGCGGCGAGUAAAUGUACGAAUUGGUUUGGUUUGUGUAAUGUUAUGACGGCAUUUGACCCCCGUUCGAAAGGUGGUUUUCGUUUUAAAGAGGGAUAAAUACUUGCCGAGAUAUUUUAAUCUUCCCAAUUCCAAAGUCGAAAAUGCAAAUAUGAACCGGACGACAAUUUAAUUAGCUGUUUUCAUUUGUGUAAUUCUGCACGUACCUUAUUUUACAACUUUUGAAAUUGAAAUUUCAAUGAUCCACACAAGCAUGAUGUUGGGAAGACUAUUUUCAGGUUUAUAAACAGGAAGUUGAUUUGAUGUUUUUCGUUAACCCUGGAGCUUAACCGGAUUUUAAAAAACCGGCUCAAGGAUUUGUGAAAGGUCCCUACAACAACAGCACUCUAGAUUCACCUAAAUUUCUCUAAUAUGACACAUUGCAUUGGGUUUAUUAGUCUAUGUACGUAUCAGUUUAUUAGACUCUGGGUUUAUUAAUCUAUGGUAGAUAAAUUAUCCAAUGCAGUCCAAUUUUCAUACUUACGUUUCCGCAGGGUUUCGAAAUUGCACUAGUUUUCCCAUGCUUACGGAGUUCACAACUGGAAAAUAUCGUUCAUGGUUGGGGAUUGGAUCCUUCAUAUUUUGGGCUGUGGGAAUAUCGAUACUGCCCCUGAUUGGAUACUUAAUUCCUGCUUGGAGAAUGUUGUUGCUUGCGACAGCUAUCGCUGCAAUUCCCGUUGUCUUUUUCUGGUGGUAAGUUUUGGAUAUUUUGUGCGCUCGUAGAUUUUCAUUGCCGCGCAACAUGAUAUACGCACGCUUUAAAUAAAUCAAAGUUUCCAAAAAAAUCCGCAAUUCACUUCAGUUUUAUAUUAGCUUUCUGUCUCUUGCAGUCUUGCUAUUGAGAAAAUUUUGUUAUAAUAAAAAUUUAAAAAGUACCUUACGUUGAUUUAACUUAAUCCCCUGGGGGCCGGUUGUUCAAAGCUGGAUUAGCGCUAACCCUGGGUUAAAAUCUAAAAAUGUUGAAACGUGCUCAUCAACAAUGGAAUUUGUGCUCUAAGACAAAGGCGAUUAUAAGUUGUAUUGAGACUAAGGCGACUAUAAAUCAAUUUCUGCUAUCCCAGGAUUCGCUAUUGACGUCAUCUUUAUAUCAGCUUUCCCUUUCUUAGUAUUUAUUUAUUGACAACUUUGCAUCUAUUUGCAUCGUCGGCAAUCUGUUUUGCGUCAAUUACGUUUUUGACAGGUUGGUACCAGAAUCUCCUCGAUGGCUGUUAUUGAAUGGUAAAGAAGAAGAAGCUGAAACAGUUCUUGCCAAAAUUUCCAGAAUGAACAAACGACCAUUACCUGAUGACCUUACACUGCAAAAACCUGUAAUAUCUGAGAAACGAACAAGUUUUAGACAGCUUUUUAAUGACUGGAAAACUGCGAAGAAAACCUUGAUUUGUUGGGAUUUAUGGUAUGACUAUUCAGUACUUUUUUACUCUCGUUGGCUUACAACAACAACAACGACAACGACAACGACAACGACAACGACAACGACAACGACAACAUCGAUUGAUUUCCUAUCUUGCAUAAUUCUCUUUUAUUCAAAGAUAUACACCUGUAAGAAAUUGUUAAACCUUGCUGUAUUUUACCGAUAGGUUUGCCAAUGCCCUUGUGUUCUAUGGUGUGUCUUAUGGUUCUGUUGAUCUUGGUGGGAAUAGAUAUCUGAAUUUUUUUUUCGUCAGUGUCGUUGAAAUACCUUCAAAUUUUGCUUUAAUUUGGUCAGCACACAGGUGAGUAUAGAAGGGUCAUCUGGAGGGCAAUCAUUUGCAAUGCCAAUUAAGGGACCAGAUCAGAAUUUCUGUCACUGGAAAUACGCGUGGUCAAUAUGGACUUCCUUUUUCAGAACAAAACAAUAUAUAUUUUCCCCGAGCCAACGGCGCUUUCGUUCCGGGCGUUAUCCCGUGGCGAGGGUACUAAUUCCGUACGGAUAUUUAUACCCGGGAAAAGGAAAACUGCUAGCGGUUUCAAAAGUGGGGUUGAGGGUGGUCAUCUUACUGAUCUCAAAAUGUGGAGGACUGUCAAUUGUGGGAUGAACCAACUGCCAAGACUUCAGUUGACACUAUAUGGAAAAGUCAUUUCAUACAAUGGGCUGUAAAGCGAGUUUUAAUUUUACUUUAAAGAAAUGGAGAGAAAUAUAUUAGAUGUGAAAUGAUGAAAUAUAAAGUAAGUUUGUUUGGUAUUUUUUUCGUAAACAUGUUGAAUCGCGCGUUACGUCAUCGUAUUUUAAGUAAGCGAGUGACAUGAAUAUAUCACAUGGCGAUUUGAUCAUGUCACUGAUUUGCGUAAACCAACGCCCGGCGAUCUCGCAAAGAUGAUGACCGACAAAAUAUACAGGGAGUGAUAAAUUAUUAAGUUUUUAAAUUAUUAAAACUUCUUUUUAUCGAAAAUUUUGAAGCAAAUUUUGAAAAAUGUUAUCAUCAACAUUCCAAACGAUAUGUAAUUUGAUCAUCGCUUCGGCUAAUAUUUCGCUGAAUGCCCGAGCGGAGGGUCUAUAAAUGAUAAAAGUUAAAUGAACAUUCUAUGAAGCUUUCAUGAUUGAAUUUUACCUUAAAUUUAAGCUUGGAGAAUUAAAGAUAUUAGUUUAUAGGUAUUUUAGAAAUUGAUAGUUCUAUAGUUAAAAGUGUCAAACUAUUUAUUCUUCAUUUACGGUAACGCAAGCCUGCGUUCAAUGUUGGUUUAUGUUGGAAUACUUCAUUUUAAAGCAAUGAUCAUGAGUUUAGGAAAACAAAGGCGAUGGAUUGUUGCAUGCAUGUAUUUCUAACUAAAACCUUACAAUCUUGCAAAAUGUGCCCGUUGUCCCACGACUUACAGUGGCCGUCCCGACACAAAACAUCCAAAUAAUACCAAAAUAACAAAAAUCUGUCAGCAACAUGACUGCAUGAUCACAGACCAGCUUUUCUUUAACGCCUUCGUGUUUGGACUUGGCUGGAAUGGUCUCGCCCUUGAGUCUAACGCCUUUGACAUAACUGUGAAACUUGUUUUGACUUAACUGUGAAAGUUGACAAUUCAACGGAUAUAAAGAUGUGGUGAGUGGUCCUUCCUUUCUUGUAUUACAGGUCUUAUAUACGUCGACUCGAAUUACUCCCUCCUUUCCUUGAAUUACUUUCUCAACUUGUCCCAAUUUCUAAAGUCCUCUGUUUUUCUCUUCACCUUGUGGAAGCUUAA